UCUCAGUCAAGCAUUGCUUGUGGGGCCCAUGUUAAUUGUCUCUAUCAAAAUUAGUCUCUCAUAGUAAAUCCUUCCUCAUUGCCUCUCAUUCAAACCACUCCGAGAGCCAAGAUCCCAUAAUGGAAACAUGCGCCGCAAGACGCGCUUCGUCUGUCUCUCCGAUACCCACGGCUACACUCCAGCUGAAGCCGGCUUCAAACUCCCAGCCGGCGACGUUCUCAUCCACGCAGGCGACCUAACAAACCAAGGGAACAUAACCGAACUGCGCAAAAGCAUAGACUGGGUGGCCGCGGCUGAUUUUGAGGUCAAAAUAGUCAUCUGUGGCAAUCAUGACAUCACGCUAGAUCCAAACUUCUACGCCAAACAUGGCCCCAAAUUCCACAAUCAGCGUCUAGAAGAUCCCCAGAAAUGCAUCGAAGUCGUAACUGCAUCGUCCUCGAUCGUGUUCCUCAGGCACCAGUCAGCACUAGUCCGCUUGACCCGGCCCAACGGCCCAAACACCAUCUUUAAAGUAUUCGGAUCGCCCUUCUCCCAAUCACCCGGGACCUGGGCAUGGGGAUACGAAUCCGUCGACGCCGCUGCCCUCUGGAGCCACAUCCCAUUGGACGUCGAUCUGAUUGUUACGCACACGCCGCCUCAUUCCCAUUGCGACCGCCGAGCGACCGGUGGUUCUGUUGGGUGCGAGGCCCUGCAUCAGGCGCUGGGUCGAGUUCGGCCCUCUCUGGCGAUCUGUGGCCAUGUUCACGAGUCGCGAGGCUAUGAGCGAGUACGAUGGCCACUGUGGCCGUUGACAGGGUUAGAGCAGGUUAUUCGCGGGGCGUUGCCUGAGCCGGGAAGUAAGAAGCAAAGUCUGAUCGACCUGACGGGCAAGAAAGCGCAGCGACUAGACAAUGACGAUUUCUUUUUCGAUGAAGUGAAGAACAACCAAGGCGUGCCUUUCCCUUCAGCGCAGAAUAUCCUGAUCCUUCCGUCUGCUGAUGAUAUCGAGGAAUCUACCACGUCAUAUCCUCGAUUAAGACCAGACGAAUGCCCAAGUGACCCACCGAACGAUCGUUCGCGCCGACGAGAAACCUGCAUCAUUAACGCGGCGAUCAUGGCGACGAGCUGGCCUCAUCGCGGAGGGAAGCGAUUCAAUCCUCCCAUUGUCGUGGACUUGGAGCUCCCUGUAUGGCGGGAGUGAAUUCCCGUGGACUGACCAACCACUGCGAGAUACAUUGCCCAGUCCCAAUUAAUGCAUCAACCCACUGACCAUCGGUAAGGGUUCUGAAACCUGGUCCUCUGUGUCGACUUUUCAAACUCAUUCGAGACAACGCAGCGAUUGGCUUCCCAAUGCUGUCCGUCUGGUAGCAGAUAGCUUGAGCUUUGACCUGUCCUUGACGUAUGGUUCGCUCUUUGAAUCGGGGUCGCAUGCACGGCUGCCUUGGAACAAAGGGGGAGCUACUCUUUCUUGCGCAAUUACUUCCCUGCCUGAUAGUUUAAUGGAAGGUUGUUUGGUUUUGUGUAUUACAUCAUGGAGGGGACUGAUACAUGGGGAUAGGCACGGGUAUGCAGCCGGUGCAUUAAGUUGGCUGGAGUCUCACCCCUCCCUGUGCCAUAUCGUCACUGAGUUAUAUGCCUAAUUCGAGACUGACAAAAAA